UGACUUUGAAUUCAACAAAAUGCAAGAAUUAUUAGUUGCCGUCAAUUGCAUACGAGAACCCAUAGGGAGCACCAUUACCUCUGAGAUGUCAGAUGUCACAGAAUUUAAAACUACCCUGGUUAUCAGGUUUAGUCAGAAAAUACAGAACUUCAUUAAAAUGGCCAAAAAUCUGGACUCAUUUAAGACCCUUUGCGGUGACGACCGGUUAGCCCUUAUAAAGUACGGGUGCGUUGAGAACCUAUGUAUGCGUUCACUUCAGUACUAUGAUCUCACACAUGAAUAUUGGACUAUAUAUGCGAAUCUGAUUCUUACUGAUGAGGAACGGGAGCUCAUCAGACGUAAAGUGGAACAGAAUCGGCAAAACAGACUCCAAAAUGCUAUCCAAUCUCUCGACUCUACAGUCAAUACAAACGAACCUGGCAACCAUUUCACCCACUUAUUGACGGCAAUGGACACCAUUAGAGACCCGAUGCCCCCGUACGACAACAUGACCCAGAUCACCUCGUAUUGGGAUAUGUUCAGGGCCACGACUGUCAAGUUUGAGUCAACGAUUCGCAAUAUAAUUAAAUUCUCAAAACACCUGGGCGUUAAGGGCGGGUCGGGUCCGCCACUACUCCUACUCCACGGCCACCCGUAUAGUCACGUGUCGUGGCGUAAAGUUGCCGAACGGUUGGCCCUAAACUUUACGGUUAUUGCCAGCGAUUUGCGGGGUUAUGGCAAUAGUUCGGCGCCACCUGGCGGUAAAAAUCACGAAGAUUAUAGUAAACGCGUUAUGGCCAAAGACCAGGUUCAGUUAAUGGAGAAAUUGGGAUACACCAAGUUUGCCCUCUGCGCCCAUGACCGCGGGGCGCGCGUAGGCCAUAGGAUGUGCAUUGAUUACCCCGAUCGUGUGGAACGGGCCAUGUUUUUAGACAUAGCACCCACGUUAGCCAUGUAUGAAGGGACCACGAUGCAAUUCGCGGAAAUGUACUGGCACUGGUUCUUUUUGAUCCAGGACGAACCACUUCCCGACGGACUCAUCGCCGCCAACCCUGACUUCUGGAUGGACCAGAUUCUGGGCACCGGUGGCUCUGACCCGGAAAGAAAACUCGAGUACGACUCGUACAGGCAAACUAUGCGCAACCCGGCUUACUCUCACGCCGUUUGCGAGGAUUACCGGGCGUCGGCCACCAUAGACCUGGAUCACGAUCGCGCCGAUAGGGCCGCGGGCCGUAAAAUUAAAUGCCCGGUGCGCGUGCUGUGGGGCGCCAAUGGUGUCGUCGGAGCUUGCUUUAAACCAUUGGAUUUAUGGCAAAAAGUGGCCGACAAUGUGACGGGCCGUGCGGUGCCCUCCGGUCACGACAUCCAGGAUGAGAUACCCGAGGUUUUGUUGGACGAGAUUUAUGAGUUCUUUUAAGUAUUAUAAAUUAUCUUAAAACGCCAGG